GAGCGUCAACAGACACUAACUCGAAAAGCUUACACGGUUUAAGCUUAUACACCUAUCUAGUCAUCAAGUGUUAUAAUUAGUACAUAUAUGUACAUAUAAGCAAUUAAGUGAAGAUGUGCUAAGUUGGCUUGAAGAGCCCAAAGAUAAAAAAAAUAGAGAAAUUAUAUAUCAAAAUUGUGUAAAAUUUGCGAAGUGCUCCCUCAAAAAGUGAAAUGUCACAACAAAAUGGUAUUUCCGCCGAUGCCGCACCGGAAGCGGAGACGGAACCAAAAGGCGUCGUGGUUUAUUUAAAAAAGUUGUAUGCAUAUCGUAAAUAUUUGGUUAUCGAACCGUUUUUCUUUUUCUACCUGAUGGCUAGUGUGUUCAAUGCGGUCGCAAUGCAAAAUUUUCCGCUCGACAAGGCGUGUCGCGUCAAUUUGGGUUAUAAUAAAAUUGUCUGUGACACCACUUUGGACAAAUCCGAGCUGGGCAUCGAAUGUGAUGGCUUCAAUUUCGAGAACACAACACUGGGCGCAACAGCAGCAGAUGCAGCGCUCGCCAUCAGCUCGGUGGGCUUCAACUACACCGUGUGCAAAGCUGAAGUCGAAGCGCAGAAAUUAGCAGCCGAUGUGUCGGGAAAACGCGCACCCAUUGCUGCUAUCUUUCCAUUGAUUGUGUUACUUUUUGCUGGCGGCUGGGCUGAUCGUUAUAACAAGCGCAAGCCAUGCAUGAUUAUGCCCAUUAUCGGUGAACUGCUUUCCUUCACAUGUCUGAUUAUUUCGGCAAUCUUCUUCGACUCACUACCGAUGGAAUUUGGCGCAUACUGUGAGGCGAUCGUGCCGGCAUUAUUUGGUGGACUUACGUUUUGUUUAAUGGCUAUUUACAGUUAUAUAACUAUAGCGACACCUGAGGAAGAUCGCAUAUUUCGUUUUGGCAUAUUUGCGAUGUUCGUGACCGCUGUACCUUUUAUUGGUCAACCUAUAAGUGGUUUUCUAUUUCAGAAACUCGGUUAUAUAUUUUCGUUUGGCAUGGCCGCAUCAUUUCAAAUUAUUGCCAUACUCUAUAUAGUUUUCUUUAUAAAAGAGAUAAAAUCUACGCCUAAAUCAGCUGAAAAAGAACCUGAAGACACACCGCCACCAUUACCGGCACAUGGUCCACCAACACUACAAGCCGGUUCAGACAAUUUGGCUUAUGAACAGACGGGUAUCGAUGAGGUAGAUCGGGUGAAGAAUGUGAGUUUUGAAUUGAAUUCACAUUUACAGCCGUCGGAUAAGUCGGCACAAUUGUCGAGUGCUGAAACUGCAGCACCCGUUCGACGUUCUUUUUUCCGUGAAUUCUUCGAUCCGACUUUGGUGAUAGAUUGCUUUAAGUUUCCGUUAGUAAAACGUCCCAAUCACGGAAGAUUGUUACUGAUUUUGCUUAUCCUUGCUUACUUUUUGACCCUGGGUCCAGUUUCUGGUGAAAACGACUAUUGGUACCGUUACACACUCAUCAAGCUGAAUUGGAAUGGCAAUGACUUUAGUUUCUUCUUCACAUUUUCAUCUGCAGCGGCUUUAGUUGGCACUUUCAUUGGCACAGCAAUACUUAGUAAAUUGCUAAAAUUUUCGGACCCCACCAUUGGUAUAUUAUCAGCUGUGGCAAUCGUGAUUUCCCGAGUUCUAUUCGCUUUUGCCAAGGAUACAAAGGCCUUCUAUGUUGCUGGUGUUGUUGAUAUGUUCGUGAGUUUGCGUGUUAUUGCUAUUAAAACUAUCGGCUCCAGUAUUGUGGAUGGCGAGGAAUUAAGUAAAAUGUACUCAAUAUUUGGUAUUAGUGAGCCAAUUGGUCAGUUCAUAUUCCCGCCCAUCUUCAGUGUCAUAUAUCAGGAAACUGUGGAGAGUUUUCCUGGUGCCAUAUUUCUCUUUGGCGAGAUAUUCUAUAUACCUAAUGUGCUGGUGUUUAUUUUGUGCUAUAUCAUUUUGCGUCGCAAUAAAAGUAAAAACCAGCAGAAGCCUGUCGAAAUUGCUAAUGCAAAUGCAAAUAAUGUCCCCACAACGCCGGAUUAUGAAAUAACUAGUCUAUAAUUCCAGUAUUUAUGUAUAUAAAAUUAUUUGGAGUGUUCAGCACCGCUGUUUAAGAGACUUUCAAAAAAUUUAACCUUGAAUUUCUAUAGUGGACAUAUUUUGCGAUAUUUUACGUAUAUUUAAACAUAUUUAUAUGUAUAUUUUUUUUACCAAAUGUUAUAUAUAUAUACAUUUUAAUAUUUCACAGUGAAAACUUUUGCUACGGUGAACACUAGUCUGCUAAGAAAAAAUCAUUUUAGAGAUUCCUCUUAUAAAUAAAAAUAUAAAAUACU